GCUCAAAUCGCAUGUGGCAACGCUUAUGGCGACGCGAAAAAAAACUAAAUUUUUACUUGUUGGAGCCCCGGAAAAAAGAAAUGGCGAUUCAAACGCUGGAGGAGGCCGACAUCGACUGGGAUUCACUUAUCGAAGAGUGCGAGGAGUCCGAAGAGUCCGACGAAGAGUGGGUCAACUCGAUAAUAGUAGAAGAACCCGAAGAGGAGCUGGCAGCAAUGAUGGUGGAUCAGGACGAAGCAGAAGAUGACCCUGGAGACUGGAUAAUACAGCAGGAGGCGGAAGAGGAGGAAUUAGAGCCCGGAGAGUGUAGACCAGGUCCAUGCCAUGCAGCGUUUCGCGUGCCCUGGGCCUGCACACGCUGCCCCCUGCGCUUCGUCAGCCACGAGAAGCUCAUCGCCCACCGGCGCAUGCAUCCCCGAACGCGCAGGGACAACCGACCGCCAGCGUCCAUCUUCACGUGCAAUGAGUGUGGCAAGGAGUUCAAACGCCGCCGCUGGCUCGACGAGCAUAUGCGCACCCACACGGGCGACCGGCCGUACAAGUGCUCCGAUUGCGGGGCCCGUUUCGCUCAGAACAGCAACCUUAGUGUCCAUAUUCGAACGAAGCACCUCAAGGAGGCCCUGCACCAGUGCCCCAAGUGCCCCGAUCGCCGAUUCACCCGCCGACGUCUGCUCCAGCAGCACCUCAAGACGGUGCACCUGAAGCUGUUCGAUCUAGCCUGCGAGCAGUGCGGCGCCAGCUUCUCGCACCAAACCUACCUCAAGAAGCACAUGCUGGUCCAUGGCUGUAACAAAGCCUACAGCUGUCACAUAUGUGGCAAACAGUUCUGCCGGCUAGAAAACCGAAACUCUCACCUCUUUGUCCACAGCACGCGCAAGCCCUACAUCUGCACUGUGUGCGGCACAGGCUUCUCGAGAAAAGCGCAUCUGCUGCAGCACAUUCAGUUCAAGAACCACCCCAACGAGGUGAUCCAGCGGCAAAAGCCCCACUUUAGCGACAUGCUCAACCAGUUCACCCGCAAGGAGAUUGGUGGAGCAGUUCAGUUCAAUUGAAUUGCAAUUAAUCGUACGCUUGCAUCCUGCAUAGUCGACAUAUCCGAGAUAUAAGAGUAUUCACACGGCUACCAUCCAUAUAACGUACCCUUUCUGGUCAUUCGUUUUGUUUAAUUAACGUUAGUCAAGUAGACUCUUAAGAUCGAGCUUUAAUUUAAGAACAUUUUAAAUGAAUUUUAAGAGAAAAAGUGAAAAGUACGUAACUAGAAUAAUACGCAAUGCAUGUAACACUCGUAGUAUUAUUAUCGAAAUAUGUAAAUCUAAUGCUCAAAUACAAGGACUUGCCAGUUCUUACUGAAUGAAAUCACAUUCCAAAUGGG